AGCGCGGUGAUGUGUGCGUCCGGAGAGCUGUGUGUGAGCAUUUGAGACAUAAUCUGGGCAUAUUCCGCGAUUAUUCACAUGGUGUAGUUGUUUACGUGCUCAUCCAUCCCGGUGCCUGCUGAAGCCACUGCUCUUCCUCAGAUUGAAAACUUAAACACAAUGGGUGGACAUAGUUUGGGCUGCUCAGGAAGUCACCACUAGUCUCCAUACAAACCAGUAGCAGUAUUAGAAUCAGAGAGCUCUCCCAGUCUGGUUUGAGCAUGGCCCAGGUGGAGGAGCAGCAGACCGAGGGGGAAGGCAGCCCCCAGAUGAUCUCCUUAAGGUCAGACAUUUCAGGGAAUCAUGUUGAGGAGGGAGAAGUGGGACAUUCCAUACGGAGGAAGAGGAGGAAGAAGAAAGACCCGCGUCCUGAGUCCAUCAUAGUCUACCGCUCUGAUAUGGAGAGGGCACCCGGAGAGGAGCAAGGUGGUGACGAAGGUGCAGAGAGGAACACGGAGGAGGGGGCUAAGUUCCUCUGCACACCAACAGGCGAAGGAGGAAGCUGGAGCCUUCCUCCGGACAGCCGCUACGUGACUCUGACAGGCACUAUCACCCGGGGCAAGAAGAAGGGUCAGAUGGUGGACAUUCAUGUCACUUUGACGGAGAAGGAACUCAGGGACCUGGCCAAGUCGAAGGAGCGCCUCGAUGCUGAGUGCGAGGCAGGAGAGGGCUCCAAGCGCACCUGCAGCUUAGGCUUCGGCGAGGGACCCCAUGUUGUCCUGUGGAGCCUCUCCUGCGCCCCUGUGGUUUUUCUCCUCUCCUUUGUCACCUCCUUCUACUACGGCACGCUCACCUGGUACAACGUCUUCCUGGUGUACAAUGAGGAGCGGACGUUUUGGCACAAGAUCACCAUCUGCCCCUUCCUCAUCAUCUUCUACCCCAUGCUCAUCAUGCCCAUGGCGGUGACGCUGGCUCUGUACUCCGCUGUGGUGCAGGUGUCCUGGGCCUUCAGUGAGUGGUGGCAGGCGGUGCGCGACCUGGAGAAAGGCUUCUGUGGCUGGGCCUGUGGGAAGAUGGGACUGGAGGACUGUUCCCCCUACAGCAUCGUAGAGCUGCUUGACUCUGACACCAUCUCUGGCACUCUGCAGAGCAAGGCCCCCAGUGAACUGGCUCAGACAUCGUCAGUGUGAAAUGUAGUGACUCUAAGGAACAUAUGCACGUAGGCUGGACUCUAAGCACUAUUUGCAAAUGUAAUUCAGUUUGUUGGGUUGAUAAAGGUUUGACAGAUGAGUGGGACUAUCAUGCAGGACAGUCCAGUACCAGAAAGUUCAAUCACAGGAAAGUCACCUCAGUAUAAUUUUUUUGUGAUUGACAGCUGGCCACUACUUGAAAUGUACUGAUGUGGUAAACAUUUGGUGCGAAUUAUGGAGCGCCUUUGAGUUGUGGUAAAACUGUAGGAUCACUUUUCACUUUAAAGUCAUGAAUAUUAUUGCUGUUCCUUUCAGGUCACUAGAUGGCCAAAAUGAAUUAUUGCACAACAGCAAUCCUCCCCGAAGAAGUGUGAUACAUAGGGGCCCUUGGGUCUUCUCUGUGUUAAGGUUUGGAUCUGUCAGCUGUGGGCAUUGGACAUUGAUAAACAAACACUACUAUCUGAAGCCUGUAAGUUACACAUUUUCACUUCAUCUGUAAAUAUCUGUACUUUAAUGUAUCUCAUCACUAUACUGUGCACUGUACUCAAAAAUGGCAUUAUUUCAAAAGCAACUGUCGAGUGUUUUACCAUUGUUUUGUAGCUGGAGUGUUCAUUAUCAUCCAAUGAUAUUAUAUUUGAAGCCAUAGUCAUGAUAAGCUGACAAAUCCGAUAUUUUUGUGGUGAAUUGAAUUUCUAUAUUGUUAUACUUUCACAUGUUUGAGACACUAUCAAAAUAGCGUGAUCCAAAACUGCCUGUGUUGUUUUCACAAUUUUGGUACAUACUCACGCAGAAUAAGUUCUCCGUUAAUGUCCACCUGACAAUUCCUGCUUCAUGUUCCAUAUUUCCCAAUUUGUAUUGCUUUUUAAUUUAUUUUAAUAAUUUGAGGCUAAUAGAUUGGCUCAAAUUGUUGUAGGUAGGUGUUUUGUACUUUUGAAAAAUUAUUUUAUUGCAAUCAACUAUUGAAACACACAGCUGGUUGAAAGUACUGUUUGAGUUGGUUCAGGAACCAGAUGGUCUAAAUAUGUGGCGGUUAAUAUAUUUAAGAUCUGAGCAAAGUACUUUUAUUAUAUUUUCAUAUGUUCGGGCUGGUGAAGGCGUGGAUUAAUACUCUUGGGUGGUUAAGUUGGUAUGACAUGUUAUGUUACGUUUCACAUUACGUAUGUUGCAUCUAGAGGGUGGAAAGGAGAGAAAUACACAAA